GAGCUUGUUAAACGAGAGUAUCAAGUACAGUUAGGCUUCAAAAAUGUUUUAAUAGGAACACAUUGGAAAGUGUUUUUUACGUUGGCUACCAUUAUUAAUUUCGAUGGUUAGGUUGAAUGUGAUUUUCAGAGUCACCGCCCCAAUAUGUAUAUGAAGUGCGCUGCAAUACCAUUUCAGUUUAUGUUUCAUCAUCUUCCAUAAGAUGCUGCAUCUAUCAUUGUAAUAAAAAGCAAAUAUUUUUUUCAUAAUCAAGAAGCUCGAUCAUAGGCGUCAAUAGGAGUAUUAUUGUAAACGUAAACACCUUUCGCAAUUGAAACGACAAAGUUUUGUGAUUGGCUUAUUCGCAUAAUUGACUGCUACCGCCAUCUAUCAAUUGAAGUACGAAUUAGUUUUAUUGUGUUCCUUUUGUUCAUUACUGCUGUCAUUACCUAUUAGCGUGAUGUUGAGUGAGAGAAAAAGCAUCUAACGAUACAGUGAGAGCUCUUAAAAUGUGUUUUCACCGCUACAAAGGCUAUUUUCAUACUCUGAUGUCAUUAUAUUUUUAUAUGGUUUAACCAUACUUUUCCUAGUCAAAUUUUUUAAUUAGAAAUAAUAUUAUCCUUUAUGAAAUAUAUUUCCGUAAUAUGGCAAAGACGAAAACAAUCAGUAAAGGGUGUCCCAAAUGUGAACAGCAGGUACCCGUUGCCUGUAAAGCAUGUCCAUGUGGUCAUUCUUUUUUUAAUGCAAGACGUAAUUCUAUCAAAAGCCCUCCUAGUCCUGAUAGCGGAGUAAUGAAAACCAGACGUACCAAUCGAAUCAAGCGAGAGAAACCAAAUUAUUAUGAUGCUUUGGAAUAUGACAAACAGUCAAAGAAAAGUGCAAAAAUCAGAAAAGCAACAGACACUGCAAGUGACAUAGACUGCCGACAACUAAAUAAAAAAAAGAAACGAAAAGGGAAAGGGAAAGGGAAAAAUGGAAGCAGUAACGGAUUAGAUGACGACGACGAAAUGGAAGGAAUCAAUGGUUUGUCACCAGAGAAGCAACUCACAUGCUCUCUAAUAUUACAAGAAUUAAACAACAAAAUGAGCAUUGUAGCCUGGAAACCAACUUAAGUUCUUUUUACUUACUAACGUGUCUCUUAUCAGAAUUAAUAUCAUCCAUUAUUACUAGACUGAUAUAAUGAUUUUUCACAUGUAAUUAAUUAACAACACUGCAGCAUUAACUUAGAAUUACAUAAUUUUAUGGAUGGAUGAAUAACAUUAAUUCAUAGAAAUGAUAAAUAAUUCUUUUUAACAGAAAAGUAGAUUGCUAUCGACUGCUUGUAAUUUUAAAAAUAAUGUACACUCUGUGAUAAAUUCUUUAUACUUUAUUUUUUAAUAUCGCGUAACAGUUUAUCGAGUUUCUCGGACAUCGUUCUUUUUUUAUACUAAUUUAUCUUCCAAGUAUAAACAUCAAGGCGACAUAAGUGAAAAGAAUAUAACUUUUAUUAAAGAUCACUGUGUUUAAUUACAUCUGUUUGUAUGAAAAAUAUGUAUUUCGUACUAAGAUUGUUUUUUUUUAUCGCAGAACCUGCCGCAAUUCUUCGUUUUCUACAAAUAAUCAUAAUGUAACAUGUAAAUAUGAUGUACAUACUGUUUAUAUAUAAUGUAUAAUAUAAGGCAAAUUACAAUUGUAAAUCAG